CGUUGAACUAAAACUGUUCUUGAAUAUCUUUUUAUGAAGAAUUAUGGUGAAUCAAUUGCCUUGUUCUGAUGAAAUUUGAGUAUAAGUAUUUCACUCAUUGACGGAAGGUCCUUAUCCAAUAUACAAACUUAAUUCAAGGUUGUGCUGAGAAAGAAGUGUCACAGAUUCCAGCACCGUGAAGUACAGCUGACUGCAUUUGCGGUAGAGAAGUUUACACUCAUCUGACUUGCUGUGGGGUCAAAAAUUACUCGACUUUUGGCUGAAUCAGGACGAGGUUUUCUUGACAAGGCUCUUGUUGUUAGCAAGUUGCAAUUUGGAGAGAAAAUUAAAGACACUUCUGUGAUAGAGACUUGUAUUGAGCCUGAAACAGCAUGAAUGAAAGACAUCGGGACAUCUUGCGUCGCCAUUGGCCAGCGCUUAGGAGAGACCUGGAACCUGUGAAGCUCCUUCCUUAUUUGGUAAACGUAUUGGACGUCACAGACGAACAGGAAGUGAAAGUGAAAGCCACUCGAGAGGAAAGAACAGACAAGCUAUUAGAGAUCCUACCGAGAAGAGGACCAACUGCUUUUGAUGAUUUUGUGACUGCAUUACAAGAAGUCCAGCCAUUUCUAGCCACACCUUUGGUCAAAGAAGCAGAAAUGGAGGAAAUGAAGACAGAGCUUAACCGCGCAAGGACGCAUAGUGCAAGGUUACGUGAGGAAGUUUGUCUCAUAAGGACAAGUUUAGAAAACGAGCAACAAAAACAUAAGAAAACACAGAAAGAACUCAAGGAACUGAAGAGUAUACACGAGACGCUUAUGGUGAAAAGUAAGGACGAUCAGCGAAUUUUGCAAGCAAAAGGUAUGGAAUUAGAGAAUAAAAUUAAGAGCUUGGAAGAAGAACUGUCAGCUAAAGAAGUUUUCGUGGGGGAAACAGAGCGUUUGAGAACAAUGUGUAAUAAACUGGACGAUGAUUUGAGAAACUUGAAGGAAAACUUUGAAAAGACCUCAAAAGAAAAUAAAGAACUUACGAAGAAACUCUCAGACUACCAAAACAUUACUUUAAAUCAAAGCAACUCUUCUGAAAUGACCACUUGGACGUCGAUGCAAGUGGGACAUAAUAUCUUCAACAGACAUAGUCCAAACUUUCAUUUCAUCGAAAAUGAGGAUGAGGAAAUGAAGCCAGCAUUUUGCAGAAACGACGCCAUCUCAGUAGAACUUUUAGAUAAGACAAGAAAGGAUAUAGCUAAAGUAACAAAAGAACGCGAAGAUUUGAAACAAAAGUGCGAAGAGCUAGAAAAGCAACUCCAAGAUACGUUCACCAGUUUGGAAAGGACAAGAAGUGGCAGUUUUCACGACCGAGCGACAUCUCCUGGUGAACCAAUACAGUCUGACUUCGAGGGAGAUAAUCCCUGUUCGCGCUGUGACACGUUAGAAGAAGAAUGUACCUUAUUACGAACUGAGAGAGAUUUUAUCAAAGGAAUGAAAGUCAAAUUAGAAGAGGAAAUUAAGGAACUAAACAUAGAUAUUCAAGAUCUUCGAGCUGAGCACGCAAAAGAGAAACAGAUUCUACAAAGGGAACUACAAGGUUUGAGAGAAGAACAUGAAAAGUUGUCGAGGGACUUUGAAAAAGAGUUGCAGAAGAUGUUGCGUGAAGUGAUCGAGCAGCAAAUUGCUAGGAUGAAAAAUUUGCAGGGGCAAAAUGAAGAACUCAACGAGCUGUUAAAAAAACAAAAAUCAGAGGUUCAAAAGGUUUCCACGCAACUAAAGAAAGAAAAAUCACAUUUGGAGAAAAUCGAAGAUGAAUUCGUCAAGGUGAAGAAAAACUUAGCUCGCGAGAAAAAGAAGCUCAAAGAAACCAAGGAAGUUAUGGAGGCAGAGACUAAAGGAAAGACGGAUGCCUUGAGAGAACUGGCGAAAUUGAAGGUUGAACUUAGUGAGAAAGAAAAACAAAAGGGAGAAGAAAUUGCGCGUCUUCGUAAAGACUUCUUAGACCGUUGUAAGUGUGAAGCGUUGAAAGAAGAAAUCGCAAGACUAAGGAACAUGCCAGGACGUAAGUAUGCUAAAUUUGGCGUUUUGAACUAUAGAAAGGAUUUUGACAGACACGGACUCAUCUAUGCGCUAGGAACAAAUUUUGGUACCUCAUCAUGGGUAAAUCCCAGCAGCACGAACUCCUUUCCGACGAGAAUAAUCGCCACACGAUCUUCUGACGAACAAGGCUCGGCAAGUGAUCUGUUAGAUACUCGGAGAGGCGGAACAUUAAGCGGCACCAAAGACGAGGAAAGAUCGUGGUGGAGUGUUGACUUAAGUGAGAAAUAUGCUCUUUAUCUCACACAUUACACUCUCAGACAAGGAAGGGAUAACGGUAUGUCAAUCAUUCGUAAUUGGCGGCUGGAGGGAUCGUUGGACGGACGUACUUGGAAACUGCUAAGGAAACACGAGAAUGAUCGCGGGCUUAAAGAGCCUUACCCAUAUUACACCGCAACCUGGUGUGUCGACGGGGAACUCGGAGCUUUUCGGUAUUUCAGGAUUUUUCAGACUGCCAAGAACUCUUCAGGGAGACAUAACAUUUCUAGUGUUGAUUCAGCAACCCUAAAGCAAGUAUAUGCUGGCUUAGUGACGAUGAUAUUAGAGGCUAUCAAGAUGGAUUGUGAUUCAUCUUCUUUAAGUUCUGUGUUGGAGGACUGCAAAUGGGGCACUGACAGAAUAGAGUAUUUUACCAAACAAUUCUUGGAUUAUAAACCUAAUUUGGAAGCGCUUCUUGCCAGAACAGGAAGUUCAUUUCCUCAUGUUGUGGAUGUGGAUUGGAGACUAGACUAUUACAUAAAGAAUAAUCAAAUGGAGAAAGUAAACAAACCCACAUAUCUCAUCACACUAAAAACUGAGGAAGCAGGAAAGGCUAAAGGAGAGGAUGUACAAUUUUCAUGCACAAUGGAGCAAUUGCAGGAUCUGGUCGGGAAACUGAAAGAUGCUUGCAAAAGUGUAGAGAAGGCCUCUAAUAACUGAUGUUCAGUCCCAAACCUUAGGAAGAUUUAGCAAACAAAGACAUAUAUUUUUAUGAUUAAAUUAAAUGUGUAUUCAUUAAUCCCUUAUUUGUUAAGGAGACUUAACACAUACUGUGCUGCAUUGACAAAUAGUGCAAAUAAAGAGAUUUCGUAGCACCUUUUGGCCACAGUCAAUGUGAAAAAGAUGGUAUAUAAAACUUACCCUUUUCUGCAUUUUGUUAAGCAAUGAACAUAAUCAAAUACGUUCAUUUUGUAGUAUUCGUCAACGACGAAUAAAACUGAUGUA